AUGCCGAACCGUUUGGGAAUUGCCUCGAUGUCGCUGGGUCGACCGGGCAUUCACAGUCUGUCCGGCAAGCUGCACCAGGCUGCUCUGCACGGCUACGAGGGCAUUGAGCUGUUCUUCGACGAUCUCGACCACUUCGCCAAAACGCUGUUCCAGGGCGACCACGCCGCGGCGGCCAAGCAGGUGCGCCGGCUGUGCGACUCGCUGGGGCUGAGCAUCAUCUGCCUGCAGCCCUUCUCCUUCUACGAGGGGCUGCUGGACCGGGCGGAGUCGGAGCGCAUGGUGACCGAGAAGCUGCCGCGGUGGUUCGAGCUGGCGCGCAUCCUCGACACCGACCUGAUCCAGAUCCCCUCCAACUUCCUGCUGGCGGACCCGGCGACGGGCGAGCUGCGCACGACGGGCGACCGCCGCGUGAUCGUGGCCGACCUGCAGCGGGUGGCCGACCUGGGGCUGCAGCAGUCGCCACCCUUCCGGUUCGUCUACGAGGCGCUCUGCUGGGGCAACCACGUCGACACGUGGGACGCCUCGUGGGAGGUGGUGCAGCAGGUCGACCGCCCCAAUUUCGGCCUGUGUCUGGACACCUUCAACCUGGCCGGGCGCGUGUACGCCGACCCGGCGCACCCCAGCGGCAAGACCCCCAACGCCGAGGCCGACCUGGCCGCCUCGCUGGCCAAGCUGCGCGCCUGUGUUGAUGUCAAGAAGGUCUUCUACAUCCAGAUCGUCGACGGCGAGCGCCUCAGCGCCCCUCUCGACGAGGCCCACCCCUUCCACGUCCCCGGCCAGCCCACCCGCAUGAACUGGUCGCGCAACGCCCGCCUGUUCGCCUUCGAGGAGGACCGCGGCGGCUACCUGCCGGUCCAGGAGGUCGCCCAGGCUUUCUUCGACACCGGCUUCGAGGGCUGGGUCUCCCUCGAGCUGUUCUCCCGCACGCUCGCCGACCCCCACCCCGACACCCCGAAGCAGCACGCCCUGCGCGGUCUCGAGUCGUGGAAGAAGCUCGUCACCCGGUUGGGGUUGAAGGAUGCCUCGCCUUCGGUUUCGUAUACGCCGCUGGCCUCCCCGGCGGUGGAGACUCCUGCGCCUGCUUCGCCGCUGCAGCACCGUCUGUGA